AUGUCCGCUAAACGCACGGACCGCUCCAAAAAGCGGGUGAGCUUUGAGGCGUCACCUCCGCGAGCCUCAACUCCAGAGAGUCGCUCCACUACGAACCGCCGCUCGCCUACUUCGAACAGUUCCUCGCCCCAGCCGAAUAAUCCUCACCCGCUGUCGACGCCUCCCUGGCCGUUCAAUAAUCAAGACACCAAGCUAAUACAGGCUGGAUACAAACCCCAGUGGAACCCGGAGUCUGAAGCAAAGUCCGAACCAUCGCCUGACUUCAAGGGAAAAGGCAAGAACACCUCCGCCAUGGCUGAACCACGCGCCCGGAUGGCCCGCCACAAGGGGCAGAUGAACUUCCAGAACGAGCUUCGUCUUCUCCUCCUCGCCUAUGGAGAUCCAAGCCCUCACCCAUCCUUCCCCAACGAACCACUCCCUGAAACUGUCCGUGUGCUCGACGAAAUUGUCACCGACUUCAUCCUGGAAGUAUGCCACGGUGCCGCGCAAGUUGCCCAUCACGCCCGUCGCCAGAAGAUCAAGGUCGAAGACUUCCGCUUCGCACUGCGCCGUGAUCCCAACAAGCUUGGUCGUGUCCAGGAGCUGCUUCGCAUGGAGCGUGAGCUGAAGGAGGCUCGGAAGGCAUUCGACCAGAACGACGAUCAGGUUGCUAAAGAGGCUGGCAAGAAGGGUGCUGCUGCGGCUGCGGCUGCUGUGGCUGCCGGAGAAGACCCCGAGGCUGCCGAAGCUGCUGCCGCUGCUAGUGUUACCGGCAAGAAGGGUAAGAAUAAGGGAAAGGGAAAGCGUGAUGCCCCACGUCGGGGAUCUGAUGCUACCGAGGAGUCUGUUGCGAAGAAGCGCAAGACUAUCGGCUAA